GAGUGUAGGGCGUGCGAGGCGGGUUUGUUCAAAAAUCGAAGUGGUUUUUUCUCGUGCGUCAAUUGUUCAGCUGGUUUUUUUUCAACCUCGAUUGGUUCUUCAUUUUGUUUUGCUUGUGAACCUGGCAAGUAUAAACCUGAUCCUGGUCCGGGAACUUGCAGUGAUUGCUUGGAAAACUUCACCACUGUGUCUGGUGCAACUGGAUUGAUAAAUUGUCAAUGUAAAAGGGGAUAUACGGGUCUGGAUGGUGGAGAUUUCUGUGUUGCCUGUUCCAUUGGACAAUACAAAGAAAACACGGGUUCUGGUGCAUGCAUAAUUUGUCCUGUGGGAAAAUUCAAUAUUCAAGAAGCGGCCUCCACGUGCAACCUUUGCCCUAUUGCGACAUAUAAGGAUUUCACUGGAGUAGGUCUGUGUGUUGAUUGUCCAGGAAAUUUUACGAGCAACAAGGGGAGCACCAACAUCACAGAUUGCAAGUGCAUACCUGGAUACACUGGUAAUGACGGUGAAGUUUGUUAUCAGUGUCCCAUCGGAACGUAUAAAAACAUCAGGGGCUCAGCUUCUUGUCAACAAUGUGAAGUUGGAACAUAUCAAACAAUGACAGCAAUGACUGUAUGUUUAAAAUGUGAUGCUGGAAAAUACAAAAAUCAAACAGGCAGCGGGCUCUGUGCCGAAUGUAAUGAAGGAACAUUUACAAUUCAGAAAGGGCAAACCACCUGUGAAAUGUGUCCACCAUCAACAUACAAAGAUUGGAUUGGAGCAGGAACGUGCAAAAACUGCUUUUCUGAUAUCAAUGGUUCUCAUUGCGAUCAAUGUCCAUCGGGAAUGUUUCAACCUCACAUUGGUGCUUCGCAGUGUAUGAGUUGUGAUGCUGGAUCAUUCCAAUCGCUUCCUGGACAGACGUACUGUGAAUGUUGUCCACCAGGAACUUUCCAAAAUUCAUCAGGUGGUCAUUCCUGCUUGCCGUGUGAGGAGGGAAAAUACAACGAUAAGAGCAAUCAGACAUUCUGCCAAAAUUGC